UGGUAACGACUGGAAUCAUCACAAGAAGGCAGGACAUACGCAGUGGUGAAACUCUCCAGAAAGUUUCCAAACUGGUCCAGAGAUUUGGUGUUGGAGACAAUAUGAGACAACGGUGAUUGGCAAUAGUACAUCGAGGGAAUGAUGGCUGAAUUGCUCACCACCUAGCUAACUGAAGUCAUCCAAUACACUGAUUUAGGGUACAUUGUGCAAAAGUAGCUGCUUUGGGGACUAUGGCAGAUUCUACAGGAUCUGAAACUUCUACUCAGGAUAGAAACUUGAGCCCUGAAACUUUGUGAAGAGCUCAGGUCAAGGAACAGAUGCUUCAGUCCCAGAAAUGCUACACAAGCCCUUUCUGGUAAAGUCAAUUGCUACCACACACUAUGAGAAGGAAGGAAAGAUGUGCACGUGAUUUCAUUUAUCACUGUUCCUGGAGAGAGACAAAACUUUGUAAUUCAUCAUGUGCGGGGACAGAAUAUGGUGUCCGUUUUGCUCUUGUUUCUUUUGGGGAUUUUCUAAGACAGAAGGCUGAGGGCAAAAAGGCAAGAAAACCCACAAGCUCUGUUUCCGGCUGUGCACAGCUGAAGCACUGGGUGAUGGAAGAGUCCUGCAGAGCUCACACUCCUCAAAUGAUCUCAUGAGGGUGGUUUGAAUAUGGUCACUUAAAUUAUAAGGAAUCCACUGGCAAGAGGAAGUCAGGCCAUUCCUUUCCACCGCUGGACUCUGCGUGGCCGAGUUUCUAAGAGCAGAUGACAAGGACCACAAAGGAUUCUUGGGACUUGGCACCAAAGAGGGGUCAGAGCAGGCCAGGUUUCCACCAUCAAUGCCAUCAUCUGGAUAACUAGAUAAAAAUAUCCAGGUAAGUGUCCACAGUACCCUGUGAUGCCCUGAUGCCUCCGACAACCUGUUUUCCAAAGAAGUAAGUUAACUGAUAAUUAUCAUUCGAAUCUUAUUACCGUGUAGACACAUCAAGAAAAAUUUGGUUUCAACUCAGUUAUGAGAAUCCAAAUAUAAGGCUCCCUCUUAUCAAUUGCCCUGACCCUCCCUAAACAUCUUAGUCCUCUUGGUUCUAGUAGGUAAAACUUCCCAACAGGAAAUUUGUUCUUUAAACAUCACAUUUCCUUCCUGAGACAACACGUUUUUUCUUUUUGUUAUCCUCAGGACAUGUAACAAAAAACUCUCCAGGUUUGUUGAGUGAAUGAAGAUCCUUAUCAUCAAAUCAUCUCCUUUCUCCACUUCUUUUUUUUUUAAAGAAAUUCUUAUUUAGCACUGCCUGUGUGCGUUUUGUGUGUGUGUGUGUGUGUGUGUGUGUGUGUGCCAGGCAUUGUCCUAAGCAUUUUAUAAAUAUUAACUCAUUUAAUCCUCAGAACACUCUUAAGACUACUCCUUCCCCAAAACUACAGAUGAGGAAACCAAGGCAUAGAGAGGUUAAGUAACUUGCCAAGGCCAUGCAAGUCAGUAAAUAAUAAAGCUGGGAUGUGAGCCCAGGUCAUCUGGUUUGAGAGCACGUGUUCUUAACCACCUCAUAAUGCUGCCUCGCUUGCAAACUUUCUCAGGAUACAACUUUUCCAGCAAGACUUCUCAGGAUUGUCUUUCGUAAUUUUAACCUUUAGGAGGAAAUGGGUUUACUGUGAAGCUUUGGAGGAAAAGUUGAAUUUUUCCUUAUUAAGAAAAUCAGAUCAUGGAAAAACUGAGUGUGGUGGAAAUAUCUUUUCAUUUCAACAAGAAUUUUAACUCCCACUGAUCAAAUACAGCCCCUUCUGUGCCAGACACUGUGGUAGGCAUCGUAGUUUCAAAGGAAAGAAUGACAGAGCCCUCGCCUUUGAUGAGCUGACCAACUGGUGGGAGGAGACAAGCCAACAUAGUGGGGUGAGAAGCAUGUUACUUUCCAAGAGGGACCCCUCUUCCAGAGUGAAAGGAACUGAAAUGUUUCCGCGCUGAGUCCUAAAUGGACCAAAUUGUGUUGUCCAAAUUAAGGGGAGUGAUGGGAGAGAGAAUUGGGCAAUUCUAGUCAAAGGGAGCUGUAUCCACCAUGAUGCAGAUAUGAAAAGAGAGGAUAAAGCUUCUCCCAGGACGUGUAAAUUAUUUUGGAAAAGUGGAACAUGAUGUAAAGGUGGAAAUCAUAAGAAAUGGGGCCAGAGAUAUAAUCAGGUAUUAGAAGCUGCAGGCUACUUACACCAUGUUAAAGAGUCUGUAUUUCAUCCUAAAAAUUGCUAGGCACUAUUUAAGUGGUGAAAUGAACGAUCAGAGAGAAAUUCUUCUACCAGCCCCAGUUAUGUACCACCUCCUGCUACCACGACAAUUUGCUUGGCUCUAUUUGGGCCUUGGUCACUUGUUCAAUGGAGCAGAGAAUUCUGGUUGCUAUAUCUUUGACCUUCUUGGGGCACAUGCCCUUGAACCAGCGCAUGAGUAGCUAUUGUUGGAACGCCAGCCUCUCACACGGUAGAUGGGUAGUAGUCUUGAGAAGCUGGAAUACACAGGCCUUUUCCAUGUGUUUUUGAGAUCAGCUGCCAUAGGUGGUGGUGAGCAGCUUGUGUUGUACUGUGCAAAGCUUGCAGUUCAGCCUCCAUCCAUGGCUCUGUGGGUAGCAAUAUAGUAAGGGGCUUCCAAAUAGAAGCCAUCAGUUUCCGCAACUCUCCAGCUCUGACUUUAGUGUGUGUGUGUGCGCUAGGGUAUACGGCACUUUCUCUAUUGUCUCCUGCUCCAGCUGUGCAAACAGCUGCAGGCUCAAGUCGUUCAUGGUCUCAGCUCAGUUGGACCCAGGAAGACUGUGGCUCCUCCUACCAUUUUCAAGACAAGGUGAAGCACUGUAGUGCAGAGUGUGUGAUCUGACUUCCUAACAGCUGUGUAGGAUGUUAAUUAUUAUGGAUUGAAUUGUGUCCCCCAAAAUGUGUACCACCUUGGUUAGGCCAUGACUCCCAGUACUGUAUGGUCAUCCACCAUUUUGUGAUCUGAUGUGAUUAUCCCAUGUGUUGUAAAUUCUAACCUCUAUGAUGUUAAUGAGGCAAAAUUAGAGGAAGUUAUGUUAAUGAGGCAGGACUCAAUCUACAGGAUUAGGUUGUAUCUCGAGUCAGUUUCUUUUGAGAUAUAAAAGAGAGGAUCCAGCAGAAGGGAUAGGGACUUCAUGCCACCAAGAAAGAGGUGCUGGGAGCAGAGUGUGUCCUUUGGUGCUGGAGUUCUUGCGCCGAGAAGCUCCUGGUCCCAGGGAAGAUCGAUGACAAGGACCUUCCCCCAGAACAGACAGGGAGAGAAAGCCUUCCCUGGGAGCUGGUACCCUAAAUUUAGACUUUGAGCCUCCUAGACUGUGAGAGAAUAAAUUUCUGUUUCUUAAAGUCAUCUACUUGUGGUAUUUCUGUUAUAGCAGCACUAGAUAACUAAGACAUUGAUACAGCCUGGAAGUAGAAGAGAUUUAAUGCCCUGUGGGGCAAAUUUAGACCAAUGAGACAUAGGAAAUGAGAAGAACUCUCCAGAGAAUUCCUGUCUCAUCUCCUAUAGGCUUUUCAAAGGCCUGUGCUCAAGCAACCAACUGUGUUUUCUGGUGAAGCUAUGUCCAGACGAAUAGUAACAAAUGACCCUGCCUUCUCUGCCUCAUUGCCUUAAAAAAAAAAAAAAAAAGCUUUAUUAAGAUGUACUUCACAUACCAUGUAAUUCACCCUAAGUGUGCAUUUCAUUGGUUUUUAGUGUAUUCACAGAAUUCUGCAACCAGCAUCACAAUUUUGGAACACUUUAUUCAACCGCAAAAGAAACCUCACGAUCAUUAAAAGUCGUUUAUAAAUUCCUUCAUCUCCCCUCCCCCAACUGUAGACAAAACUCGUCUACUUUCUGUCUCUAUAAAUUUGCCUUUUCUGGAAAUUUAAUUUAAAGAAAAUCAUAUGAUACGUGGUCUCUGUGACUAGCUUCUUCUACUUAGUACUAUGUUUUCAAGGUUCACCCGUGUUGUAGCACGUGUAAGCACUUCAUUUCUUUACACUGCCGAAUAAUAUUCCAUUAGAAGGAUAGAUCACAUCCGUUCAGCAGUUAAUGGUCAUCUGCAUUUUCACUUUUUUGCUAUUAUGAAUAAUACUGCUAGAAAUAUUCAAGUACAAGAUUUCGAGUGGAUGUAUAUUUUUAUUUCUCUUGGGUAUAUACCAAGGAGUGGGAUUGUGGAGUUAUACGGAAACUCUGUUUAAUAUUUUGAGAAACCACCAAACUCUUUUCCGAAAGAGUUGUACCAUUUUACGUUACCACCAGCAAUGUAUGAGGGUUCUAAUUUUUCCACAUCUUUGUUGAUACUUGUUAUCAUCCAUCUUUUCUAUUAUAGUCAUCCUAGUGAGUGUGAAGUCGUAUCUUGUUGCUUUGAUUUGCAUUUCCAUAAUGGCUAAUGUGUUGAGCAACUUUUCAUGCAUUUAUUGAUCAUUUGCUUAUCUUUUUUGGAGGAAUGUCUAAUCAGAUCCUUUGACCAUUUUUAAUUGGGUUAAUCUUUUUUAUUAUUAAGCUGUAAGAGUUCUUUAUAUAAUCAGGGUUGGAUAUAUGAUUUUAUGAGAUAUAUGAUUUGGGAAAAUUUCUUUUAUUUCGUAGGUUGUCUCUCUACUUUCUUGAUGGUAUUUUCUGCAGCACGAAUCUUUCUUUUAAUUUAAUUAAAUAUAGUUUAUCUGUUUCUUUUCUUUUGUCACUUGAGCUUUUUGUGUCAUAUAUAAGAAGGCUUCACUGAAUUCAGGGUCAUGAAAAUUUACUCCCGUAUUUUCUUCUAAGAGAUUUACCAUUGAAAAGACGGUUCUUUCCCUAUUGAAUUGUCUCGGUACACUUGGCUAAGUCAAUUGAUCAUAAUGCAAGGGUUUAUUUUUGAACUUUAUAUUCCAUUGAUCUCUGCACCUUUCCGUAUGCCAGUAUCACAUUUUCUUGAUUAUUGUAGCUUUGUAGGAAGUGUGAGUCCUUCAACUUUGUUCUUUUUUUCAAGAUUUUUUUGGCUGUUCUGGACAUAUGCCAUAGGAAAUUCAGAAUCAACUCGUCAAUUUCUUAAAAAAAUGCAGCUGAGAUUUUCAUAGAGAUUAUGUUGAGUCUGUAGAACAUUUUGGAGACUAUUGCCACCUCAAUAUUAAGUCUUCUGAUCCAUGAACAUGGGAUGUCUUUUUACUUAUCUAGGUCUUUUCACACUACUUUGAACAACGUUUUGUUUUCCAGAAUACAAGUUUGACGUAUCUUCUAUAAAAUUUUAUUCCUAAGAAUUUUAUUCUUCUUGAUGCUAUUGUAAAUGGAAUUCUGUCUUAACUUCAUUUUCCUUUUGUUCAUUGUUACUGUCAAAUGAAAUUAAAAUACAAUUUAUUUUUGUAUAUUGAUUUUGUAUCCCUGUUGAGCUCAUUUAUGAAAUUUAAUAGUAUUUUAAUGGAUUCCUGAGGAUUUUCCAUAUACAAAAUUAUGUCAUCUGCAAAUAGAGAUGUUUUUACUUUUUCCUGUCCUAUCUGGAUAACUUUUAUUUCUUUUUCAUCUAAUUUCUGUAGCUAGAACUUCCAGUACAAAUUUGAAUAGACAUGGCAAGAGAGGACAUCCUUGUUUUGUUACUGUUCUCAGAGGGGAAGCAUUUAGCCUUUCACUAUUAAGUGUGAUAUUAGCUGUGAAUUUUUCGUAGGUACUCUUUAUCAGGUUAAGGAAGUUCCCUUCUAUUUGUGGUGUAUUGUAUAUGUUUAUCAUAAAACCUUGUUGGAUUUUAUCAACACAUUUUCUCAUUCUAUUGCUACUGUGUAUUACAUUAAUUGAUUUUCAGAUGUUAAACCAUACUUACAUUCCUAGGAUAAAUCCCACUUGAUCAUGGUAUAUAAUCUUUUUUAUAUGCUGCUGAACUAAGUUUGCUAAUAAUUUGUUGAAAAUUUUUGCAUCUGUAUUCAUAAGAGAUAUUGGUCUGUAUUAUUAUUUGAUUUUAUUUGGCUAUGUCUUUCUCUGGUUUGGUAUCAGAGUAAUGCUGGCUUCUAUGAUGCACUAGGAAACGGUACUUCUACUUUUUUAAAUAGAUUGUGAAUAAUUAGUACUAAUGAUUCUUUAAAAGUUUGGUAGAAUUUACCAAUGAGUCAUCAGAGCUAGGGGUUUUCUUUGUGGCAAGUUUUCAACUACUACUUCAACCUCAUUAUUUCUAUAUUUUUUAUUUCUCCUUGAGUUAGUUUUUGUAGCUUGUCUUUCUAGAAUUUUUUUCCAGAAAAUUUUCUAGAAAACCUCUGAGUUUUCUAAUUUGUUAGAAUGCAGUUGUUCAUAGAUUUCAUUAUAAUCCUUUAUAUUUCUAUAAAGUGGAUCAUGAUGUCCUCUCUUUCAUUCCUGAUUUUAGUAAUUUGAAUCUUUUUCGUUGUGGUUGUUCAGUCUAGCUAAAGCCUUGUCAAUUUUAUUGAUCUUUUCAAAGAGCCAGCUUUUGGUUUCAUUGAUUCACUCUGUUGUUUUUCUAUUUUCUAUUUUGUUUAUCUUGACUCCAAUUUGUAUUAUUUCCUCCCUUCUGAUUGCUUUAGGUUUAGGUUGUUAUUCUUUUUCUAGUACCUUAAGGAGAAAGUUAGGUUAUUGAAUUGAAAUAUUUUUAUUUUUAAUGUAAAUAUUUACAGAAAGCUUCUUAAAAGCAAGGAUAGUGAGACUUUGUCUAACAUACUUUGGACAUGUUAUCAGGAGGGACCCGUCCCUGAAGAAAGACAUCAUGCUUGGUAAAAUAGAGGGUCAACCAGACAGAUUGACACAGUCACUGCAACAAUGGGUUCAAACAUAGCAACAAUUGUGAGGAUGGUGCAGGACUGGGCAGUGUUUUGUUCUGUUGUACACAGAGUUGCUAUGAGUCAGAACCCACUCAGCAGCACCUACCAACAACAAUAUCUGCAGUCAUGUGUGGAAGAGUUAUUGAUAUACUAUGUGAAUAAUAAUUCUCAAUUUCCGCUGAGUACUACUUGUCAUUAUAGCAGAAUUGAGUUUUAUUUUCUCCUGUAGAAUAAGAAAUGUAAUGAAAACUAGCAUUGAUUAUGGUGAUUAUUGAGGACGGUGCAGGACCAGGCAGUGUUUUGUUCUGCUAUGCACAGAGUCACUAUGAGUUGGAACCAACAACAACAACGAAGCAUUGAUUAAGUGCCAACUAUAUGCCAGAUACUUUACCUUUUAAUCUCAUUUAAUGCUCCUAAACAUUCUACGAGGUAGAUAUUAUAAUUCUGCGGCUUUUCAGAUAAGGAAAGAUCUCCAGGUAAGUACCUUGGCCUAGGUGACCUGGCAAGGUGUGGAAGACCUGGGAGUAGAUCCACAGAAUUCACCUCAACAUUCUUCCGUAACGCUUUGUUAUGCUGCUUCUUUUUAACAAAUAGAUCAUAAUAACAAAAUUCUUUAAGGUGGAAAAUUUGGAUGUGCCUUGGAGUUUUUCAAAACUGGGUUUUUAGGUGUGUUUAAUGGAUCUUGUUCUGCUUCUUGCUUUUUUUUUUAAUACCGUUUCUAGAGAGAUGGAACUUUAUUUUUUCUAUGAAUAACUGCUCAUAAAGCCCAAAAUGUGCUGGCAUGUUUGUUAUCCUUGUUGCCACCUUCCUCCUCCUCCCUCUUCAUUUUUUUCUUCCUCUUUUCCUACCCUCCUCCUCCUCCUUAUUCUUCAAGAACAACCAUAUGACCUAGUUUUCCAGGACACUCCUGGUUUACACCUGUGGUUCGGGCAUAAUUAUAUAUGGUCACCUCAAAAAAAAAAAAACAACAAACUGUUGCCAUCGAGUAGGAGUAGGCUCUGACUCUAUAGGACAGAGUAGAACUGCCCCAUAGGGUUUCCAAGGAUUUGAACUGCUGACCUUUAUGGUUACCUGCUGUGGCUCUUAACUGCUAUGCCACCAGGGUUUCCAUGGUCACCUUAAUCCUUAUUAUAGAUGCUAAGGGUGUAUACAUCGUGGCUGCCCACUAGAGGUCAGCAGUGUAACCACUGGAGAACAUGUAAGGAAAGCUUUUUAUCACAAAAGUCAAAUCAGAGCAAAUAAUUAAUUGUCGUUCCACAGCUACCUGCUGCCUUGGCCAUUCCAAACAAGGGCGAGAGCAGGGGGCGGAGAGGAGGAGCAGGUGCUGGGCAGGUAGCCUUUUCUUGCAUUCUGACAGCAAGGGACGUCUUCCUCUCCUUCUUGUAAGGAUUCCGAUGAUACUUGGAAGGAUCAGUGUGUUGUCCUUUUUAAUUUUCACUCACAAGAUGACGGCAGUGGGCAGUAAAGCUAGGAAUCGGCUUUGAAUGAAGAAAUAUUUGUCCUUUUCCAAUCACUGCUUUUCCUCUUGUGAUCAGAUAGAGGUCAUACAGCCCCUUACUGACUGACUGCGACUGAGCCAGAAGCCGAGUUACCUGAACACAAACGCUUUGAAGAAGAUUGGAAGACAUCAACACUCAGAGCUGAGUGACACCCUUGGAUUCUUCUUAGAAUGACCCACGGACUGUACGUAUAUUACCUUUGACCCAGGUGGGUGCAGUUGCUUCCUAGAAACCCUUCCCCACUUCAGAUGUGUGGCACCCAUCGGCACACAGCAGUGUAGGUAGGAGACGAAAACCCACACCAUGUUUUUUCAGAGGCUUGUGGCUUUCAGCCCUUGGAAUUGGUUGCUGCUGCUAGUGGCACUCAAGUGUUGUGAUGCGUCUUCUGAUUUGAAUUCUGCAAAUUCCACUGCCCAGCAGUGGACCAGCAGCCCUAAUGCUCGGUUUGCUGUUGCCAGCUCGGAGCCAGAUGAGAGGAUAUCUGUUUUCUCACUGGAUUAUGACUACGUGCAAAUUCCUUAUGAGGUCACCCUCUGGAUACUUCUAGCAUCCCUUGCAAAAAUAGGCUUCCAUCUUUAUCACAGACUGCCAGGCCUCAUGCCAGAAAGCUGCCUCCUCAUCAUUGUCGGGGUUCUGGUGGGCUGCAUCAUCUUUGGCACAGACCACAAAUCACCCCCCGUCAUGGAUUCCAGCAUCUACUUCCUGUAUCUCCUUCCACCCAUUAUCCUAGAGGGUGGUUACUUCAUGCCCACCCGACCCUUCUUUGAGAACUUUGGCUCCAUCCUGUGGUGGGCUGGACUGGGGGCCCUGAUCAACGCUUUCGGCAUUGGCCUCUCCCUCUACCUCAUCUGCCAAAUCAAGGCCUUUGGCCUCAGCGACGUUAACCUGCUGCAGAACCUGCUGUUUGGCAGCCUGAUCUCAUCCGUGGACCCUGUGGCCGUGCUGGCCGUGUUCGAGGAGGCACGAGUGAAUGAGUCACUCUACAUGAUGAUCUUCGGGGAGGCCCUUCUCAAUGACGGGAUUAGUGUGGUUUUAUACAAUAUAUUAAUUGCUUUCACAAGGAUGCAUAAAUUCGAAGACAUAGAACCUGUUGACAUUCUGGCUGGAUGUGCUCGAUUCAUUAUUGUGGGGCUCGGGGGAGUAUUUUUUGGCAUCGUUUUUGGCUUCAUUUCUGCGUUUAUCACACGCUUCACUCAGAAUAUAUCCGCCAUCGAGCCCUUGAUCGUCUUCAUGUUCAGUUAUUUGUCCUACUUGGCUGCGGAAACACUCUACCUCUCUGGCAUCCUGGCAAUCACAGCCUGUGCGGUGACGAUGAAAAAGUACGUGGAAGAAAACGUGUCCCAAACGUCCUACACGACCAUCAAGUAUUUCAUGAAGAUGCUGAGCAGUGUCAGCGAGACCCUGAUCUUCAUCUUCAUGGGCGUGUCCACCGUUGGCAAGAACCACGAGUGGAACUGGGCCUUCGUCUGCUUCACCCUGGCCUUCUGUCUGAUCUGGCGAGCCAUCAGCGUCUUCGCUCUCUUCUACGUCAGUAACCGGUUCCGGACUUUCCCCUUCUCCAUCAAGGACCAGUGCAUAAUCUUCUACAGUGGAGUCCGAGGAGCUGGGAGCUUUUCACUUGCUUUUUUGCUUCCUCUGUCUCUUUUUCCAAGGAAGAAAAUGUUCGUCACUGCUACUCUAGUGGUCAUAUAUUUCACAGUAUUUAUUCAGGGAAUCACAAUUGGCCCUCUGGUCAGGUACUUGGAUGUUAAAAAGACCAAUAAAAAAGAAUCUAUCAAUGAAGAGCUUCAUAUCCGUCUGAUGGAUCAUCUGAAAGCUGGAAUUGAAGAUGUGUGUGGGCAAUGGAGUCACUAUCAAGUGAGAGACAAGUUUAAGAAGUUCGAUCAUAGAUAUUUACGGAAAAUCCUGAUCCGAAGGAACCAGCCCAAAUCAAGCAUUGUGUCUUUGUACAAGAAGCUGGAGAUGAAACAAGCUAUUGAGAUGGUGGAGACUGGGAUGCUAAGUUCCACAACCUUCUUGGUACCCUACCAGGCCCAGAGGAUACAAGGAACCAAGAGGCUUUCCCCUGAAGAUGUGGAGUCCAUGAGGGACAUUCUGACACACAACAUGUACCAAGUUCGACAAAGGACCCUGUCCUACAACAAAUACAACCUCAAACCCCAAUCAAGUGAGAAGCAGGCAAAAGAGAUCCUGAUCCGCCGCCAGAACACCUUACGGGAGAGCGUGAGGAAAGGCUGCAGCCUGCCGUGGGGAAAGCCGGCUGACACCAAAAACAUCCGCUACCUCUCCUUUCCUUACAGCAAUCCUCAGUCAGCAAGAAGAGAUGCAAAAGUUACUGAAUUCACAGACGAUGACAGCAGUGAUUCAGGAUCCCCUGCCAUCAUUUUCAAAGCACACUCUCGAACAGGGUCCCUUCAAGAAAGACAGUUGACACAAGAGACAAUCCCAAUGAAGAGCUUACACAAAGGACGGAAGCCAUUCAACGUUGGCUAUCAAAGAAAUACAAGCCACGAAGAGCAUACUGGCAGAGCCAGAAGGGUGGCUUUAAGGCCCAAGCCCCUCUUUCAUGCCGUGGAUGAGGAGUAUGAAUCUGAAGAGGAAAGUGAGGAAGGGGUUUCACCACUCGUGUCCGGAUGGUUAGGGGAGCACAGAAGCCAUAGGGAACACCACAAGUCCCACAGUCCUUUGCUCCAAAGAAAAUAGUUUUAUUGUUUACAGGAUUGUUUCUGUAUUUUUCAAGAGUCCAUCUUCCUAUUUAUAUGAAGGGUUGGGUUUACUUUCUUGAGGCUAUUAGAAUAUUUACAUAAGAAGGGGACAGGAAGAUUCUUCUGAGGACUGGGAGUGAAGUUACAGGCUUUGCCACAUUCUUCGCUUGUCAAUGAAUUCCCAGUGAAUGAGAGAAGUGAAUCACCCCGGGGAUUAUUCACUAAGAAUUCCUAAGAGCUUUAUAUCAAGAGCAUCUGAUCUAUAUUUUAUAUUGUGAUGCAAGCAUGAUUUGUUAGUAAUUCACAUUGAACUAGGUUAUGUGCAAUUAACAAUCAGAUUAGGACUAGGAGGGGCUUUAGAAAAUCACUGGGCCCAUCCCCCUGUGUUUACAGAUAAGGACACCUUGCCCAAGGUCACAUGGAGACUUGCUGGUUUCAUAAGCUGACUAUCCUCCCUCCCAAGUGAAGCAUUCAGUUCUGAUUUUGAUAUUCAACAGGCAAUAACUGUGUUUCUGGAGAGAGGUAAAAUAACAUUGGAUAUUUCAUCAGUAUCGAUGACAGAUGUGAUACAGAUUACAGGAUUAAUCUGGGAACAAUGGGCUUGUAGUCUAUUUUAUAAAUGGAAUAUUUAUUUUAAAAAUAAACUUUAAAAACAAAACAGCAAUAAACAGGCUUUUAAUAACAAUGACACAAACAACAGAUAUUUAUUAGGUAUGCAUUUGUAGGGUGUGGUAUUUUGCCCUAGGGUUUGAAACUAUUUCCCAGUCUAAUUUUCCAUCCUCUUCAUCCCCAAACUUAACUUUAAUCCUCACAGGCCAGUUUAAGAACUUUCCUAGACCACUUUAUCUUUGCUCCCUUCUUGCCCUCUCUCCUUCCCUCUCUUCUGUCUAGCCACUUGUAGACAAACGUAUUUAAAAAGUACUCUUCUUCGUGCUAAAUAACUAAGCUAUAAUAGUCAAUCAAAAUGUCUUUUAUCACUGCACUGCUGACAUCUCCAUCAUCUCCAACUGAUUUAAUUCUAUGCAUCUUUGAAGGCAAUGAUCAAAUGCAACCUACUCCAUAGACCUUGGUCCACUUAAGUCAGAAGUGAGUACUUCCUCCUUGGAAUGUGACCAAGGAUUGUGACUACUUUGGACAUGCCAUAAAACCUGUCUGUGAAUUAUGGCUAUAUAUGAUUAUAAAUGUGCAGAUGUCUACUCCAAGGAGCCCUCAUGGUGCAAUGGUUAAGACCUCGGCUGCUAAGCGAAAGGUUGGCGGAUUACAGCCUAGAAAGCCCAGUGGGGUAGUUCUACUCUGUCACAUCGGGUCGCUAUGGGUCGAAAUUGACUCGACAGAACCUAACAAAAACCACAUGCCUGUUUGAGUAGUUCGUGGUCUGAAAGGCAGAGAGGGUGGUUUGUUCAUUUUAUUUUUUAUUCAUUUUUCAGAGUAUUUCUCAUCUUUAGGGUUUACCUCUUUUCUUUUUCUUUAGCUUUUGUCAGAUUUUCCACUGAUGAGUGGAAUUCAUCUUCUCUGAGACACUGGUGCCAUGCAGUGGAGAGGUGGUAGGAUUGACAGAAAAGAUUGAAAGUUGACCCUUUCGUUGGUAGAAGCCGUAAUGAGGUUGUUUUCCCCAUAAGCCAUUUGGCCAUCUAGACACUGGCCGAGGCUGCACACACCUGGAAAGUGACCAUGGAGCCCCUGCCUGAAGAGUGUGGCAGGUAGAGGGAGCUGUGAGACUUGGGGAAUCUCUCUGUUUAAUCAUCCUUCAUUUCAGAGCACUCCCUGGGUGGUACAAACAGUUCAUAGCUCAGUUGCUAUACUCAAAGGUUGGAGGUUCAAGUCCACCCAAAGGUGCCUCAAAAGGAAGGCCUGGAGAUCUACUUCCAAAAAAACCAGCCACUGAAAACCCUGUGGGCACAGCUCUACUCUGACACACAUGGGGUCACCGUGAGUCGGGGUCCACUUGGCAACAACUGGUUUACUGUUUCAAAAUGCAGUGUGAUCUGAUCUCCAUUCCACAUUUUCCUUAGCAGCAGUCCUCCCUGGGCAUUGGUGGAGCGUGUAGUGGGCACCUUGGAACGCUCUUGGGUACUGGUUUCAUGGGAUGGAUUUUUCUGACAGGCCUCAAGCAGAGCAGCGCAACGGGUUCCUCCUGAGUGUAGAGAAAGCUCCUGGUUCCCUACCUCCCCUCAGGAGGCGAUGAAACCAUGUGAGGCUGCUAGCCUGGCCUGGCUUCUGUCUACUGAGCAGGCUCUUUCUGCCAGUGUCCCCAGAGAUUUUGUCUUUUUAUCUUCAAAGUCCAAAAAAUCAGAUACACAACCCACAAAAUCCUAAUUUCCUUCCAUGAGGUUCCCCCCCUCCACCCUUAGCUUUCUCAGACCCAUUUAUACUGCAAGCUUGAACGGUUUUGAGUUUUAAUAAAUUCUGAAGUUGGGUAAAGUAACAUUUCUGUUUACUUAGCCUAUAUGAUGAUCUUCUACCUUGCGGGGUUUCCACACGUUCUCAAGUGUUUGGGGAUAUGGUAAGUGUUCUUACUCAUCCUCCCCAAGCCUGACAGUGUUCAUGACUCUAAAAUGCCUGCAAAAAGGGUAGCUGGGAAUCUGCUAUGAAAAAGUGGAGAAUGGGGUUCUGGAAACUUUAUUAUGCUUCCCUCAUAAAGGCCAUAGACUUCUGUGCUUCUCAUCUUCUUAGAAAAAGCUAAAGGGUCAUGGGAGGAAGGAUUGGAAUCCCCGCCUGCGUUCACUGAUAGAGCUGCCAUUUGUGUAUAAGAAGGAACCACUCUGUGUAAACAGAACUCAUGAAAUCAGCCUAGGUUGGUGUUUUCAGCCUGCAGGACGCCCCCAGAACCCUUCCUCAUCUGUUCAGGUGCCUGUCACCCAGAUCACUUAGAUUUAAAAUCAAUAUAGUUACUUCAGAGGCCAGGCUCUGAACUCAGACCACUUUUAGCUGUGUGACCUUGGGCAGGUUAUUCAUCUUCCUCCAGCUGAUUUCUUGAUUGAUAGAGUGAUGAUAUUAUCUACCUCGUAGAAUGAUUGAAGAUUAAAUAAUAGAUGUAAAAUCCUUAGCUUAGUUUUUGUCUUAGUGUAAGAGUUUGAUCACUAUUAGCUAUUAUUAUUUAGACUAAAUACCUGUCCCCAUGAAAGAGGGCAUACACUGUUUUAAUUUCAUGAAGAGACAGAAAGAAUUGACACCAGAAACUUAUUCUGAGAGAUAGUGUGACUGACAGAAUAGAGGAUACCUGGGACGAUGGGGGCAGAAACAUUGAAACAAAAAUUGGCCAGGAUCACAGCUGUGCCUGGACACUUCUCUCGUGAUGAGCAUUCCGUAGAGAAAGGGGGACUAACUUCCUCUUGGAUGUAGAAAAAUUCAGCAGGGUUUAAUUCCUUGGAAUUAGUUGCUAUAAGAAGAGACAGUCCUUCCAAAAAAGUGAUUCUCAUAACGUAUAAAUAUAAGCUAGAGGGAUAAGUGUGUAUGUGUUUUAAGCAUGGAGAAAAAAUAAUAAUAAUUUCUAGUAUGUUUCAUAACCUUCCAAAAUUAGCAAACAUAAAAUAUUUUCUAAAUAAAGUCAGUGAAUAUAUUGGUGUUUUUGCAAGCAUAUUUUAUCCACAAAUAAAACAGAUAAUUUCUUGCAGUGCUUAAUUUUUUUUUCUUGACUAAACUCUGUCAAGUAUCUCGUUUCUAACUCCUGCUGAGAAAAGCCAGCAGUGCAGAGAACGCUUCCUUUUAGGACAUCAGUCACUGUUAAUUGUUAAUUGGGCCAUAAGCCAAGGGGAAUAAAAGAGAUGCCUGCAUCAGUGCGAGUCAGUCCUGUAAUUAGCGAUGAUGUGUUUUUUCAUCUGUGCAAAGCCAUUGAUUUAAUCAACUCGUUUUCUUUCUGAGACUCUAAUGAGCUUGCAAGCCAGGGGCACUCAAGUCAGUGCAGUAGCUUGAAAAUCAACAUUUCCAUUGCCCGGCCAUGUUCAAGUUAGGGUUUGUUCAACAAAGUAACUGAAAGCAUUUUAUUGACUAAACCAAGAUGGUUACACCAGUUUCCAGGCAUGGUAAUGCAGAUCUUGUAAUCGAAAUACCAAACCAAACCAAACCUGUUGCUGUUGAGUCGAUUCCGACUCACAGUGACCCUACAGGACAGAGUAGAACUGCCCCAUAGAGUUUCCAAGGAGCACCUGGUAGCUUUGAACUGCCAAAGUUUUGGUUAAAAGUUGUAGCACUUAACC